AUGGAGAAGAAAUGGAAGAUGUCAAAGGCGGAUGGAUGCAGCCAUUCAUCACUGUCAUCUUCGUCUUCAUCAUCGUCAUCAGCGCUCUAUCGAAGCUCAUCACUGAAAUCAUUCUCAACCAAAACCACUUCAAAGUCAUCAUCUAAAUCAUCUCAAUCUCUUCCCAGAGCUAAAUCUGCAAACUUCACCAGCAAAUGCAGCAGCUUCACCAAAGAGCACAAGUCAAGAUUCUACAUUCUCAAGCGUUGCAUCACCAUGCUCGUUUCCUGGAAAAAGCAUCACGACGAUUCUUAG